UAUUAUAUAUUAUAGAUAACCCUAAAUCUGAAACUACCUUCACUCCGCUCUGCCACGGCUGAGAAAAUAGCGACGCGGAAGCACGCUCGUCUUCACGAUCCGGCGCGGCGUGUCCUGCGAUUCCGCUCUCCGACGAGUCGGCGCAGGGUAAAGAAUCGCGCGAUUCGUCUGGAAAUCGAGAUUCUAGCACGAUUCAUCCCAGAUAUAGAGAUUCAACCACGAUUCUGGAACAAAAACGAAACAACCUCCGAUUCGUAUCGGUAGCAGCUGGAAUCGUAUCGAAUCGUGCGAUACGUAUCGUGAAUCGUACGAUACUAACUACCGUGCUACCGGGUGCUUUGCUCUUCAAUUCUGCAGAAAUUCAGAUUGGUCAAUUAAAUUAAGGGCUUUCUUUUCACUCCAAUGACGAAGAAGAAUUCUAAAAAGACAACAAGCCAGUUACAAGAGAAUACUGUUGCAGAAGAGGAGAGACCUUCUUCUACACCCAAAAAAGCAGUUAAUGAAAUUGAUGAAAUAUUCGCUGGAAAAAAGAGGAAGAAAUCUGAAAUGGUAAACACCGGAAAACCUGAUGAAGUAACUAAGAAGACUGACAAAACGAAGAAGAAAAAGAAGAAUAUGAAGAGGAAAACCUAUGGGUCAGAUGAUGGCAAGUUUGUAGACCGGCCUUCUCGACCAAGAAAGAAAACAGAGGAUGGACUUACCAUCUACACCGAAGAGGAGUUAGGUAUUAGUAAUGCAGAUGCUGGAAAUACCCCUCUCUGCCCAUUUGAUUGCUCUUGUUGCUUUUGAUGGUAGCUGUAUAAUGUUAUAUGCACUUAAUUCCUUGCUGUGGUGAUUGACAGUGUUGUGAUUGUCACUUACAGUCUUGGAUUUGUAAGCUAGGGACAUAGCUUUUCCUUUAUUACAUUUAUAGUUGGGCCUAAAAUGGCUUGAGUUAUCAUGUGCUAAGCUUGAAUUCUUUAGAUCUAGAUAUGAUUCAUCAGGUGAUUUCAGGUAGAAUUUUGCAGCAAUUGAUCUGCCUCCCAUGUAACACAAUUGUUUAAGCAUUACACUCAUGCCAGCAUUUUUGAGAAAUUUACUGUAAAAGGAGGAAGUGUGCUUCUGGGUGCUA